AUGGCCCAAAUAUCACAGGGCCAAGCUAAAAUCAUGCUGAAAAACGAGUCUGAUUUGCACAAGGCAUUGGACAAUGCUGCGGCUGAGCUGACACCGUUUUCAAAACACGAAGUCAAGGUUCCCUACAAGAAGGAGGAACGAGUCUUCGAGGUACAUGCGCGUCCCUUAUGGGACUGGGCUCUUGAUUUGUUGGAUAACCCACUGUUAGCACCGCAUUUUGUUUGGGACGCGCAGCGCGUCUACAAGCAUGAUGGUACGGACUUUGUACACUUCUUUGAUGAGCUGUGGACAGGUGACCGGUGGUGGGACAUCCAAUCUCGCCUCCCACAAAACCUUGAUGCCGCCCCCUUCUGCUCUCUUCGCAUGGCACUGUCAAAGGGUACCCGGUUGUGGCGCGUUGCGCAAAUCUACCUGUCCACAUUUGAAACGGCGAGGGGAUUGGUGGCGGUCGGGUGGUUACCAAUCGUUCCUGAAGAUGCGUCUGAAGAAGGGAAACUCGGAUACAUUACCAUGAAGCGUGUUGUAUGGCACGAGUCAUUUGUCAAGCUUCUCAUCAACCUUGACCAAUUCUCGAAGACUGGGUAUUCAUAUUCGUGCUACGACAAGAUCUUACGCUGGUUGUUUCCCAUCAUACUGAUUCUUUCUGGAGAUUAUGAGGAACAAUGCAUGAUGUCGCUUAUACAUGGUUUACAAUGCAAAUGCCCAUGUCCAGUCUGUCUCGUCCCUCUUGACGAGCUUCACGACCUGUCGAAAACGUUUCCAAUUAGGUCUGCAAAAGAUGUGCAGGCUGCACUCAACGUUUACAAACAGAACCGAACUCAAGGUGAGGAAGUUUUGAAAGGGCUGGGAUUGCGCCCUGUUGCAAAUGUUUUGUGGCUUGUCGAGAAUUCCAAUCCUCACGAGGCAUUGAGCCUGGACGACUUGCACACUCUGCACGGUGGUACAGGAGGGGCACAGGACGAUUUGGAAACACAGGUCUCUGAGUUCUCUCGAUGGUGUGCUCUCACCCAUUUCACUACCGUCAUCCAUAUCACCUUUAGUGAUGGCAACAAGAGGCGGGACUUGGUCAAGCCUCGGGACCCCAUGUCCCGUCCCCAUCUCGAAUCCCCAGAUGCAGUGAUGUAG